GUCUCACAUUAGAUAAGUCUCAAACUAAGAAGAUUCUAGCUAAGGAAACAUCGACAAAAAAGAUUAGCCGAAAAAGGAAAGUUUCAUCAGAUUCAUAUAUAGUAGGCUCGAAGAGUGAUAGCUUUGCAAUAGAAAAAAAUACCUCUUCUAUAGAUAGGUUCAAAGAACUACAGUGUGCACAAACUUUGUUUGAUACAUUUAGAAGAAAAGCAGAUCUUGAAAAAUUAAUGAAAGAUACUGAAAGAUUAGCUCCUAUAUGCCUGUCUUUGCCUCA